UUUUUUUUUUUUUUUUGGCUGUACCUAUGGCUUGUGGACGUUCCCAAGCCAAGGUUUGAACCUGUGCCACAGCAGCAACCAGCGCCACUGCAGUGACAGUGCCGGACCCUUAACCUGCCUGUGCCACAGGAAAGCUCCAUCUGAGACUAAGUGUUAAAGUCUAGUCAACCUUGGUUAUCUGUGCGUUGUUCUAUGCCCCUCUGUUGUUACCUUCCUCUCUGAUUUGAGGAAUUAUUCAGGCUGUGUCCUGGGUCCAUCCCCGCCCCCCCCCCCCCAAAUCCCUGAGGCCCACAGGCCUGGCCUUCCCUCAUCUGCCAUCUUUUGCAGUAGCUGGCAUGGUCCUGGCACAGAGACGCAGAAGAGCUUGUUUCAUUGUGUGCAAUUAUAUGGAGAGUCUGCAUAUGUGCUGGACGUAACGCAGGAUUUCAGGCUGAAGCCCUGUGUCCACUGCUUGUCAGCUCUGGGCUCUCGGGCAAGUCCCAGCCGUGUCUACGCGCUCUGACCAUGUCUAGGCCAGUCUGACCAGCUCAGGGCACCGUGCAGAUGCUGGUGCCUGCUCACAAGGGCCUGCGGAGCUUGAAGUCAGGGUUCUUCUAUUUCUAUUGGAAACGGACUUUUAUUGUCGCUUUGUUGCUUUCUAAGAGACCCACAACACUUAAAAACUUCAGUUUGUGUUCAUUAGAGAGGUUUUCUUAUGCAACUUGCUAUCUUAAAGCUUUUCUGACAAUAAACUACAGAUUCCCAAAAGAAACCAUCUUCUAAACGUGAAUUUGAUAUGUUUUAUAUGUACACAUUUACAUUUUGACUUUUAAGAGUUGUCCUCGUUCUUUAGCAGUAGUUAAAUAUUAAGUAAAUGUCUCAUUUUGGCUAGUGUUCUGAUCACUGGUGGGAGUAUAUAUCAAAAUGGUUCCUUGUUGUACGAUCUUACCAUCAUGAUGGGAAAUAAAUCUUACCCACAAAUAGCAGAAAUAAAGUCAAGUAAGAUCUUCCUGCAUUCAACAAAUAUUUGACCUUCGGCUGCAUCCAUGGCACCGUACGAAACCCUCCAGAUGAUUUAGAAGUGGAAACUUUGGUUGGUUGGUUGGUUGGUUUUCUGCCACAAGACAGCAGCCUGCAGAAGUGGGUGAGGUGGGCAUGUAAAUGAUGGCGGGUGGGCUCUGGGGUGUGCGGCGUGGGGAGGGGAUUGGGGGAGGGGAUUGUUGGGGGGGGGCGGUCUAAGCCAAGACGUAGACACCUUCCCAGGAGCCGAAGAGGCCGCAGAGACAGGGAGUGUAUAGGCGGGGGUGACGCCAGGCCAGGGGGCUGAGGGGAACUGGCCAUUCCAUCAGUGCAAAGUGCCAGCACAGACGCAAGCGGCGAUGCCAAUAGAUGUCAGCGUGAUGGUCACUUCUGGGGGUGGCUCUGGACCAGGAUAGGAACGCGGGGACUUGGUUCUCACUCAGGGUGGGGGCUGUGCCCUUCCCGAGCGGGUUACACCUCCGUCUAUAAAGGCUGAUGGUGACAGUGUUGGGGGGAGGCAGUGGAGGCAGGAAAGCUGAUCAGGGGUGGGAGGAGCUGGAGCUGAGGCUCUUAACCGGGAGUGGCUUCAGGGAGUGUUCCUAUAACUGCAGUCCCCAGGGCUUUCCAAGACGGCAGUCCCUGUGCCUGCUUUCCCAGGGGCUCGCUUACUGCUGCCUGUUGCGGUUUGUUGUGUUUCUGUAUUUGCUACUGGGCGGGGGCAGAUUUCAGUGGCAGGGAGAAUGCAGACACUGUUGCAGUCAGAGCAGGAAGUGAAUUCAAGAGGAGCAGGUGGCCUGAGACACUCAGGGGGCGGCCGGCGGGGUGGGAUGGGGGUGGCACCUGGCAGGGAGUCGUCCGUGUGGGGUCUGGAAGCCCUGUCCACCCUCCCGCACUGCGCAGACCCCUGUGCCUUGUGUGUUUCGCAGGGGCGGUGGGCUGGCGGCGGAGCACAGGCUUUGGAGUCAGGCAGACCUCAGUUCUAGCUGCACCUCUUCCGUGGGACGAAGAUGGAGGACUUCACCUUUCUGAGAAUGUCAUCUAAAAGAUGAGGCUAAUUCCAGCAGUGAGAGUCUGGCAAGAUGAAACGCAGAGAUAGUCUUGGUAGUCUUAGCCCAGCGUGUGUCUGAGGGGAAGGACGGCCCAGGGUGGCAGUGCCGCCGCCGCCGCUGUAAUUAAUGAUGGUAAUCUCAGGACAGGUAUCCCGAUGCCGGGGAGCGAGGGAGUUGGGAGGCUUCCUGAGGAAGGACGUGGGGAGGAAAGGGGCUGCGGGCAGAGCGCUUUGCAGCCUGUGGGUCCUCCUCGCAAGGUGCGGGGGGUGCCGGGGGCGUGGCCGUCUGUCUGGGGCACCCUGUGCCCGGGCCUGCCGAAGAGGAGGGAAGGGCUUGGGGUGACGUUUACCGCUUAGCACUCGGAAGGUCUUACCCGCAGGGCUGCAGGGAGAGGCCAGCAAGCCUGGCUCCGGUUCCACAGUCCCUCCUGCCGAGCUGCAUUUGGAAGUGUGAUUAAAGCCCUUCUUUGCAGACUUACCAGUAGUUUUAGUUGUUUUCAGGUCAAGUUCAGUGGUCUUCCCACGGAGUUGCCUUCAGCAGAUGUGCAGAGGGCCUGAGAUGCAGAGUGGCAGGUGCUCUGUCCAGGCCUCGAGCGAGUGAACACGGGAGCAUCCUUCUGGUCCUUAAGUAAAGGAAAAGGUGCUUAAGCUCCUCAUGCUGCCCCCACCCCCCACUUUUUUUUCUGCUUUGAUCUCAAAGCAACUAAUUCUCUGUGCUGCAAGAGUCAGAGGUAUUUUACCUGUUCCUUUUUGUUCCAGGAUGCCUGACCCUGUGUGUUCCGUGCUGUUUUAGGAGACUUACUAGACCCCUAAGUUACAAAGUAGACUUCAUUCUAAGACACCAGAGAUGUGUCCUCUCUCAGCUGCAUUCUCUCUCCAUCUUCCUGGCUUGUCAUCCUGAGGCCCUCAGAUCAGAACCCCCAGGCUGCAGUUGCCACCCUGCUGCAGUGGGCGGCUUCUGUCUGCCCCUCACCACGGGGACCUCUGCAGCUGGGCAUGUCACCCACUGGACCCCUCGCAUGCUUCCCUCAUCCCUGCCCUGCCUUCAAGUUGCCUCCCCUGUCUUCAAACCAGCCCCUGACUCACUGCUAGAAAAUGUCUUCAGACAAAUGUUACAGUGUCUCUGCCCAACAGGUGUCCUGCGUCCCACACUCUCACCUGCGUGCAGCGUAUCCUGGCAAUGUUUUUUUCCUUUUCUUUUUUUUUGGGGGGGGGGCUUUUUAGGGCCAAACCCUUGUAUAUGGACGUUCCCAGGCUGGGGUUCGAAUUGGAGCUGCAGCUACUGCCCUACACCACAGUCAUAGCAACGCCAGAUCCAAGCUGCGUCUGCAGCCUACACCACAGCUCACAGCAAUGCCGGAUCGUUAACCCACUGAGCAAGGCCAGGGAUCGAACCUGCAUCCUCGUGGAUACUAGUUGGGUUCGUUACUGCGGAGCCACAACAGGGACUCCUGUCCUGGCCAUUUCUUAUUCAUCGGGGCACGUGGGACCUGAGGGUGGUGGAAGCACCAGGUUGGGACCACUUUCGAGGGGAGGGUCUGCCAUCGACUCCCUGUGGAUCCCUGGGAAGCACUUCGGGUUUUCCUUGAAGCCAGGAGAAGGGAUAGAUCGGCUCUCUGAGGUUUCGUCGAGCUCUCCAGUGUCUUCAGCGUUUGUCCAGAGAGUCUAGUCUGUUGCUUAUGAUUCGUUGCUCUUAACGGGAAAUGGUUCUUUUAAAGCGAAGCGAGGAGAGAAUAUAUAGGUUUUUGUGGCCAUGUGAUAGUUGUGAUACGUGAACCUGCAUAACUUUUUCUCCCCAGUGUCGUCGAAUAAACAUUUUAGGAUAUAUAAUGAAAUCCAUGUAAUGUGAAAGUAAUUCUAGAGUCCAACUUGCUUCUACCAUAGUUUUUUAUAAGUGAAAAGGAAUGACCUUUUCUUCCAGAGACUACAAAGCAGAUUUUUUUUUCCCAUUUGAGAGCUUCCAAAUACUAAUAUUUGUACGCAUUGCUUUUUUUUGGAACGAAACUUGAGGAUGUGGCAUAUGUGAGUCAGAAAAUGGGUAAGAAGAGUCGAGUAAAAACGCAGAAGUCAGGCACUGGUGCUGCAGCAAGCGUGUCGCCGAAGGAAACCUUGAACUUGACCAUUGAGCUCUUGCAGAAAUGCAGCAGCCCUGCUCCCGGCCCGGGGAAGGAGUGGGAGGAGUACGUGCAGAUCCGCUCUCUGGUCGAGAAAAUACGGAAAAAACAAAAAGGUCUGUCUGUCACUUUUGAUGGAAAAAGAGAAGAUUACUUUCCUGACCUAAUGAAAUGGGCCUCUGACAAUGGAGCCUCUGUCGAGGGCUUCGAGAUGGUGAACUUCAAAGAAGAGGGCUUCGGUUUGAGGGCAACAAGGGACAUCAAGGCAGAAGAAUUAUUUUUGUGGGUUCCACGAAAAUUGCUAAUGACUGUUGAAUCUGCUAAAAAUUCAGUGUUGGGGCCCUUGUACGCGCAAGACCGAAUUCUUCAAGCCAUGGGCAACAUCACACUGGCCUUCCACCUGCUGUGCGAGCGCGCCGACCCCAACUCCUUCUGGCAGCCCUACAUCCAGACCCUCCCCAGCGAGUACGAUACCCCCCUCUACUUCGAGGAAGACGAGGUUCGCUACCUGCAGUCCACGCAGGCCAUCCACGACGUCUUCAGCCAGUACAAGAACACGGCGCGGCAGUACGCCUACUUCUAUAAGGUCAUCCAGACCCAUCCGCAGGCCCACAAACUGCCCUUGAAGGAAUCCUUCACUUACGAGGAUUACAGGUGGGCCGUCUCCUCUGUGAUGACCCGACAAAACCAGAUCCCCACGGAGGAUGGUUCCCGGGUGACCCUGGCACUGAUCCCCCUGUGGGACAUGUGCAAUCACACCAACGGCCUGAUCACCACCGGCUACAACCUGGAGGACGACCGCUGCGAGUGUGUGGCGCUGCGGGACUUCCGGGCCGGAGAGCAGAUUUACAUUUUUUAUGGCACUCGGUCAAAUGCAGAGUUUGUGAUCCACAGUGGUUUUUUCUUUGACAAUAAUUCACACGACAGAGUGAAAAUAAAACUUGGAGUGAGUAAAAGUGACAGGCUCUACGCUAUGAAGGCCGAGGUCCUGGCUCGCGCUGGCAUCCCCACCUCCAGCGUCUUUGCGUUGCAUUUUACCGAGCCACCCGUCUCUGCCCAGCUGCUGGCUUUCCUCCGAGUUUUCUGCAUGACCGAAGGGGAACUGAAGGAGCAUUUGCUGGGAGAGAACGCUAUCGAUAGAAUCUUCACCUUGGGGAACUCUGAGUAUCCUGUUAGCUGGGACAACGAGGUCAAACUGUGGACAUUUCUUGAAGACCGAGCCUCACUUCUUUUAAAAACAUAUAAAACAACCAUUGAGGAAGACAAGACCUUCCUAAAGAACCACGGCCUUUCUGUUCGGGCCACCAUGGCCGUCAAGCUGCGCUUGGGGGAGAAGGAGAUUUUGGAAAAAGCCGUCGAGAGCGCCGCGGCGAACCGGGAGUUCUACCGCCGUCAGCUAGAGACGCGGGCCCCACUCCCCAGGUACGAGGAGGGGAGCCCGGGGCUGCUGGAGGGCUCGGCGGACUCGCGGCUGCCCCUGGGCCUCAGGAACCUGGACGAGGAGGCCGGCGCGCAGGAGGCCCUGACGCUCCCCGAGGCCGUCCGCAGGGCGCGGGCCGCCGAGCGCGGGCUCCUGAACGGCGAGAACUCUCUCCCCAACGGGACCGGGGCGGAAAAGGGAAGUUCAGACGGAGAGGAAAGUCCAAGAGCGCCUGGAGCCGCCAAAGAGUCUUCCGACGGCAGCGAGGGGCUCGGCCGGGGGCGCUGAGGCCGCCCGGCGCGGUUGAGCGCGCUCCGCGGACGGUCCGCCUGCAUCGCUGUGCCCCUUGUUCACGUUGUUCUUCCCGCAGAGAGGAAAGUAUGUUUUUGCUGCUUUAUAUAAACAUGAUUUUUUUUAAGUUAUUUAAAAAGUCUAGCUGCCCUGUCCGAUUAAGAUUUGCCAUCUUGCUCCGAGGCCAGACGAGCAGGUUCCCCAGCAGAGCCCGGGGGCCGCGGUGCCCUGGGACCCGGCGCAGACCCCGCUCAGCUCCUCCGGCGGCAGCGGGGUCCCACCGGCUGUCGUCCUGCCACCGGAAUCAAAGCUGGCCCCGCCUCCUGCCCACUCGGCUCCGGGGUGGCGCCAGCUCCGGGUUUUCGGCGCCGAGGUGUGGCUGCUGGUUGUGGAGACGGGCUAGUGGUUAGGAAACUUGAGGGUCUGGGCGGAAAAAAAAAAAAUUUUUUUUUUUUCCCUAAAAAAGUAACACCCCAGUACCAAGAGGAGAGGUUAGGUGGCAACCUUAUUUUUAAUAGUUUUCAAUGUUGAUGAUAAUUACAUAAACACACACACACAUCUAGUGAUUUCUGAAGAUUUGUUUACUUCCUGUGUUCUGUUUGACUGUAUGAAGAACUUGUCCUUCCUCCCUGAAUCAGAGUAGGACAUGCAUCCUCCGCCUAAUUUUAAAUGUUGGCUCUGACUUUAAAGCGGUGCACCUGCCCCUCCAGCCCCGGCCGCGGAGAGCUCACCAGCCCGCGAGCGCACCGUGGCCGCGUUCAGGGCCGGGGGGCUCCCAGCUUCUCUGGUUGUCACAACAAGCUAGAGAUUUUCAAAGCUACACUUUUGAGUAAAAAGCCUUAUUAAAAGGAAAACAUGGUUAAUA